GCGUCACAUUCAUUUAACCGAUGUUUGUCCCUAUGCUAUGGUUAGUUGCUAUUCAAUUAUUUGAAUACAACGAUGUGGAAUAUAUAUUCUAUAGUGUUUGUGUCGCUAUGUUUAAAAUUAAUCAAUUGUCAAUCUGUAUGUAAUCACUUAGGGACAUGCGGGGAGUGUAUAGGUUUCAGCAGCGGAACGGAGCGAUGCAUUUGGUGUCAACAGGAGACGCUGGAUAAUUAUACAAGUAGGUGCCAACCCGAAAGCUAUUUAAAAAAAGAAGGAUGGUGCGAUUCGAAAUUCAUUGAAAAUCCUAAAAAAGUUCAAUUAAUUGAAGUGGACAAAGAUUUUGGUUCGACUAUGGAUGAUUUAAAAAUUCAGUUUAAACCUCAAGUGAUGAGAAUGAAAGCGCGUCCCGGUACUAAAUUAUAUUUCAACAUGUCGUAUAAGCCAGCCGAGCACUUUCCUUUAGAUGUUUAUUAUCUCAUGGACACCUCUUAUACCAUGACAAUGCACAGAGAGGCGCUCAUUAGUCAAGCAAACCAAAUAUAUAAAGAACUUACAAGUUUAACUAAUAAUGUUCAACUUGGCGUUGGCAGUUUUGUAGAAAAACCAGGCUACCCGUACUUCGACAAAAACAAACAAGAAAGCGUCGCAUUUAUAAAUGUAUUGCCGUUAACAAAAAAUAUUAAACAGUUUACACAAAGUGUUCAAAAUAUGUCUUUUGGUUCGAAUUAUGACGAUAUGGAAGCUGGGCUGGAUGCCCUAAUGCAAGUCAUGACUUGUGAGAAAGAAAUAGGGUGGAGGCCUGGCUCAAGGCGUAUAAUUGUUCUGUGCACCGAUUCCCCAUAUCACAGCGCUGGUGACGGCAAAAUGAUAGGCAUUAUCAAACCCAACGACAUGUUAUGCCACUUAAAGGAACAAAAAUAUGAAGCAGAAAUGGCCCAAGAUUAUCCAUCUGUGAGUAAAAUAAAUAAAGUAGCAAAGCAAGGAAAAUUCGGUAUCAUAUUCGCUGCUUUGGCUGAGGUCCGUGAUGUUUAUACAUUGUUAGCGGAACAAAUAGUCGGAGCUGAGUACGCCGAACUGAAGAAACAGAAGUCAAAUAUUGUAGAGAUCAUUAUAAAAGCGUACCAACGUAGCGUUCGAAGUAUCAAAUUGGAUUAUGACAUACCUUCAUUCGUCAGACUGAAACUUAAUCAAAGUUGUGACGGGACACCAAUUAAUUGUGCCAGCACCUAUGAAAAUCCAGUUGUUACAAUUCCGGCCACUCUAGAGGUUAAAGAAUGUCCUAAAGAAAAUAAAACACACGAGCUUGUUAUUAACCCUGUGUCUUUAAAUGACAAAUUAAUAAUUAAAUUGGAAGUCAUCUGUAAAUGUGAAUGUGAAGUCAAAAGUGAUAUAAGUUCAAGAUGUAAUAAUGCAGGAUAUAUACAGUGUGGUAUCUGCAAGUGUCUCGAUUCAAGUUAUGGCGACGAAUGUCAGUGCAGCGUUACAUCUUCGGGGGUGGCUAAUAAGGAGAAAGAUGACGCCAAAUGCCGUAAGGAUCUAAAUGACAUAGUACUGUGUAGUGGGAAAGGCGUAUGUAUGUGCGGUAAAUGUACCUGUAACCCUGAUCGUUCAGGAAAAUAUUGCGAAUUUGACGAUAAGGCAUGCGAUAAUCUUUGCUCAAACCAUGGGAUUUGUACCUUAGGCUCAUGCCAGUGCGAUAGCGGUUGGUCAGGAAAUGAUUGCGGUUGUCCAACUAGUAACACAGACUGCUACGCUCAAUACUCUGAGGAGGUUUGUUCUGGUAAUGGUGAAUGUGUAUGCGGAAAAUGCCAAUGUGCGAAGGUUAAAGGAAAAAACGAAACGUACACAGGAGUAUUUUGUGACACAUGCAAUGACUGCCAAUCAAAAUAUUGUAAAGCCCUCGAACCCAAUGUAGAAUGUAACUACAAACAAGGUCUAGAAGCUUGUGAUAAGAUUUACAACAAUACAGAAAACAAUGUAGUUAUAAAAAUGGUCAACAAAACAGAAAUUAAUUCGCCCAAAUGGAGUGGCGCUACUUGGUGUAAAAAAGCAAUAGAGGACGGCAGUUUUAUAAUAUUCAGAUAUUAUCAUAACGCAACGACACACGGGUUACAUAUAAUCAUUCAAACGGAACCAGAGGCACCCCCAAUAGGAAAUAAGUGGAUUGCCCUCAUCAGUUGCAUAGUGGCUGUAGUACUCAUUGGCUUGUUGACGUUGAUUGCGUGGAAGAUCCUCGUGGACUUGCACGAUAAAAGAGAGUAUGCCAAGUUUGAAGAAGAAUCACGUUCUCGAGGAUUUGAUGUGUCGUUAAAUCCUUUAUAUCAAGAACCGGAGAUUAACUUCUCCAAUCCCGUAUACAAUGCAAAUGCUUCACACUAG